AUGUUCGGAACUUUAGGACCAGCUAGUAUCAUCGUCUUCACAGCCCUGUACGACUUUAUAUCUGCCUUGCGCCUACGCCUACCAAAGAGCUUCCGAUCACUUUGGCGUGCCUUUACUUCUCCCUUGCUUGAUUUUCUGAGGUUAGAGGAUCUAGAGGGCCCACUGGAUUAUGAUAUCCCGUCAUUUAUCUGGGUCCAUCGAACUCUCAUUACAUUGGGUCUGGUUAACACUUUUGGACAUCUUGCAUAUCUCGUGUGUGCUGUGGAUUUGAGGAACUAUGCAGGUAGUAUUCAGGGGUCUGUCGGAUGCAUCACGUGGGCUUAUGCAUCCCUCAGAGUCUGGAUAAAGCCACCUAAAACACCACCUUACUUGUUAAUGCUGUUCUCCAUCGCGCAUGCGGUGACUGCUGCAGUUGGUUUCGUUAUUAGAGAUAUCACUGCCGGCUCAGUAGCCAUAUUCGUCCUUCGUAUAUUGUUCUCGAUACUAUAUGCGUGGGUUGCCGGUAUUCUUCCCUUGCAAAGUAUAAGACCUGCCAAAAAUGUUGCCAAACCGACAGACAUUCCUUCUAGUAGUAUUUCCUGCCCUGAAGAUAAUGUCAAUUUAUGGUCAUGGUGCACAGUGUCAUUUGUCGAGCCGCUUCUUUCCCUAGCAGAGAAGCGAACGUUGAAUGGAUCAGAUAUCUGGUGUCUGUCUCCUUUUUUCAAGCAUAAAAAUCUCUUCAACAAAUGUUUGAAAUAUCGCUCACGAUAUCCGUCUCACUCCAUACUUCGCUUUUUGCUAGUAUCCAACUCACUCGACCUACUCCUUGAUAUUGCUUUGGAGAUGUGGGGUGCUAUUGUCGGAUUUGUUCCACCCUAUGCACUGCGAGUAAUUUUAUCCUCACUUGAUAAUCCCACGACAGAAUCUGUUUCAAGAGCAUAUUGGUGGGCAUUCAUAACUUUUGUCGCUCAUCUCUCUUUUGCGCAAGUGGACUGGCUCAAGAAUUGGCACACCAGAAGAUGUUAUGAACGGACAAGAGGUCAACUUUUUUGUUCUUUGCACUACAAAGCGUUACGACGACAAGACAUCAGUGGGCAAGUGAGCCAUGAAUCUGAGGGAAGCGGCAGGGCAGAUCUCGGAAAAAUUGUUAAUCUCAUGCAGGGCGAUGCUUAUGCUGUUGCUCAACGUUUCUGGGAGUUCGCUGCCAUCUUUUCCUCCCCCAUAAGACUUGGAAUAGCUCUUGUAUUCCUUUACCAAAUACUUGGAUGGAGCGCACUAUCAGGAGUUGUAGUGAUUCUUGUAGCAUACGUAUUGAACUAUCCUUUAGCAAAAUACAAUAUCUAUGUUACUCGAGCUUCUUGGAAAGCUAAAGAUAGGAGGAUGAGUGUUGUCAACGAACUACUCCAGAGUAUCCGUUUCUUGAAAUACUAUGGCUGGGAGAAUCAUUGGGCGCGUAGUGCUCGCGAAUCGCGGGAGACUGAGCUUGACUGGCGCAUCAAGGAGAACAUCGUUGAUACCAUCAUCUCGUUUAUUUGGACAUGGAUACCAUCCGCUACCGCUCUCGUGUCUUUUCUGUGCUAUACCUUGAUCGCCAAAGAAAAACUGACCGUGGCAAAGGCAUUCACUUCUCUCGCCUUAUUUUCACAGCUCCAGGAACCUAUGACGGCGCUUCCAGGACAAUUUUUUGCUAUACUUCAUGCUUAUGUCUCCAUGCAGCGCAUAGAAGGAUUCUUGAGUGAAGACGAGGUGCCCGAUUGGGCAUCGUCUUUGACAUCCCCAGAAGCCACUGCAGAUCUAGAUGUAGGCCCACAUUCUGAAAUUGGAUUCCACCAAGCAACUUUUGAGUGGCACUCGGCCUCUACUGUUUCGUCUGAAGCACGCUUUAGGCUUGGACCACUAAAUGUCCAAUUUCCAAAAGGUGUUCUCACUUUAAUAACCGGAGACACAGGCUCAGGGAAGAGUGCUUUGCUGGCAGCAUUACUGGGAGAAAUGGACUGUAUCUCGGGGAAUGUUUCUCUGUAUAAGAGAGAGCACCAAGUCGCUCUCUGUGCUCAGAAUCCCUGGUUGGAGCAUGCUACUAUACGCGACAACAUUAUAUUUGGGUCAGAACGUGGAUACGAUAAAGAAAGAUACGAGGCUGUCGUUGAAGCUUGUGCUCUGGUUCGUGACCUUGAAGUUCUGGACGCUGGUGAUAUGACAGAAAUUGGUGAGAAAGGCAUCACAUUGUCCGGUGGUCAACGAGCUCGCGUCGCUUUGGCGCGUGCCAUGUACUCCGAAGCGACAUGCAUUCUUCUUGACGACCCUCUAGCUGCUGUGGACAUGCAUACAGCUCAGCACAUAGUCCAGUGUUGUCUGAGCAAGCUUGGUCAAGGCCGGACUAUCGUUCUCGUUACUCAUCAUACCAGCCUUUGCUUGCCUGUCGCCUCCUAUGUUGUUGAACUCUCUCGUGGUCAAGUUAUUCGGACAGGUUCAGCCCGAGAAAUAAGCAAUGCGGGCCAAGGUCAACCUGAAACACUGGUCGAAGCUGAUGAAAGCACUGCAGAAGACGAAUCCCGGUCUUUAACGCCAAACAAUGAAGCAGACAUCUUAUCCGGGAAACAAACACCAGUGGCGUCCCCCACUGUCAAGGGAAAGUUAGUAGAGGCGGAAGUCCGUGCUGAAGGACAUGUACCGUUUCGUACAUAUUGGACUUACAUCGAAUCUGCUGGUACACUACCUUGGAUUCUGACGUUUGGGUUGAUGCUUUUGAUACGCUUCAUUAACAUUGGAAACCAGGUAUUCUUGGCGAAAUGGGGGGAAGCCUACAAUCUGUCCACCUUUUAUCCGACCUCUAUUAUAGAUUAUCCAUGGGAGCAUCUCCCGCCUCCUGAUAUCGAUGUCAAGCCGUGGCUGUGGAUAUAUCUAUACAUUUCCAUGGCCGGAGCUUUCUCUGUCCUUGGGUAUAUUGCUCUAGGUUAUUAUACAAGCCUUCAAGCUUCGCGUUCCCUGUUCAUACGUCUACUGAAUCGGCUGGUUAGAGCGCCAUCUCGCUUCUUCGACACUACACCGAUUGGCCGAAUUCUCAAUCGCUUCACUACAGACAUCAACACGAUUGAUGGCGCGCUUCAACCUUCCGCUCGAGCUGCAUUAUCUGGAGUUCUCAAUUUCGUUGCGUCGUUUAUAGUCAUUAUAACUGUUAUACCUACCUUCGCACCAUUUGCACUGGUGAUCGCCUGGUUGUAUGUCCGGCUGGCCCCGCGGUAUGUAAAAGCUCUGCGGGACUUGCGUAGGCUUGAGAGUGUGUCGUUGUCACCUGCGUUUGCAGGCUUCGAUGAGCUGUUGCGUGGUCUCACUCAUGUUCGAGCGUUUUCGAUGGAGUCGAGAUAUCAGGAUGCUUUCUAUUGUAAGGUUGAUACGUUCCAGUCCUUUGACCAUGUAUAUUGGAUUGUCAACGGAUGGCUUCGUUGGAGAUAUGACUGUCUUGGAUCGGUCGUUGUUUAUCUGACUACUUUAUUUGCUCUCUGGAAGGGGGUAACAAACGGUUCUACUGCUAUUGUUAUCGUACAAGCAGGAAUAUUUGCCGAAGCUUCGCGGCAAUUAGUGAGAGUACUUGCACAGCUUGAGCUUGAUUUCAACUCCGUUGAGCGUGUAGUCGAGUACCUCGAAGUUCCCCAGGAGUCCCCUUCGAUUAUCGAGAGUAAUAGACCUCCAGCAUAUUGGCCCUCCAGUAAUGGCGAAUUAGUCGUUGAAGACUUGGUCGUGAAGUAUGCUGUAGACUUGCCACCUGCUCUCAAAGGCUUGUCGUUCACUAUCAAGCCGUCUGAGAAAGUUGGUGUGGUGGGAAGGACAGGGUCAGGAAAAUCCACGUUAGCUCUGUCAUUGCUUCGUAUGGUCGAAGCUAGUAGUGGUAGAAUACUAAUCGAUGGAAUUGACAUAGCUUCAAUCGGCCUCGAAGAUUUGAGGACUAGAAUCACCAUCGUCAGCCAAGACGUGUCUUUGUUUUCAGGGACCAUCAGAAGCAACCUGGAUCCUUUUGGAGAGCACACAGAUAGAGACUGCUGGGACGUCCUCGAACGUUGCCAUCUCGUAAACCUUCUCAGACCCGCGUCCGGAGACGAUAUCACGCUGGACAUGCCUAUCAGUCAGACGGGUGCACUUAGUGCUGGAGAACGGCAGCUGCUUGCACUGGCUAGAGCGAUUCUUAGAAGGACCAAUAUCAUCAUCAUGGACGAGGCGACGUCGCAGAUCGACUCGCAUUUAGAUGAUCAGAUCCAAAACACGAUACGAGAAGAGCUUUCAGCAGCACUAGUCAUUACCAUAGCCCAUAGGCUGAAGACAAUAAUAGACUACGAUCGUGUGCUUGUUCUUGAUGACGGGCAAGUUGUAGAGCUUGGAGAGCCAAAGGAGUUGUUGAAACGGGCUGGUGGGGCUUUCAGAGAGAUGUGUCAGAAGAGUGCGGACUGGCCGAUGUUUGCCGCCAUCAUGGACGAUGUGGGGCAGACCUGAUAUAGGCGGGGUAAGUUUUUUUAAUUUAAUUUGAUUUUACCUUUGUAAGCUACAGGGGGUUGAAAUAUGGCCAAAAGAUCAACACUGAUUGGCUGGGGCGUACAUCUGGCUGGUAUUGGUAGAGCAGCCGAUGCUGCUUCGUAAGCUCCCCCACAGCAGUACGCUGUGCGAAAAUGCAAUAAAUAUCGAUGCCCUCGCACCGAUACAGCUACUCACACAAGUAUAGGGUACGAAAUGGAAUGCAGAUGGUGAGAGCUGUGUAUAAAUAUCCACUUGGACAUCCGAUAGUCAGCAUCACAACAACGUGAUGGAUCUCGCUGGUAGCUGCCCGCUGCCCGCUAUGUUGAUAGUCACAUCUCUUCCUCACGCCUUCAGAUAUAGGACAUACGACAUAUAUAUAAGUGUUACCAUGGUUGGCAAUCUCGCUCAGGAGUUGCUCACACAACAGCCUUUGUAUUGAGUGAUAAAUCGGUGAACUCUACAAGCAAGAAUUGAUGUGGCGGAGUAUUUGAUCUAGUUCACACAGCUUAUAGGGGCUUCAGAUUUGACAACCCGGGUAGCAAGGGUGUAGGAGCGCUCAUUGAGCCUCCGCAAGAGCAGGCGCAGUCAGCGCAGCAAAUUGUAAAUAGCCAAGGAAUCAAAAUGGGUUUAGCCAAUUGAGAAAUGUGCGCAAUGCCAAUGAAAAGACACACUAGGAACGCAAGGCAAGGUUCUGAGUGAAAUGAAAGUCGUACUUCUGCAACGGAAAACAAGUAACUCCACCACGAGCAGGCUCACUGCAGCAAGGCUGCAACUGAAACAGAGACAAGAGCGCGCGAAGGCCGCCUUGAGAUCACCUACACAGGACACGAGACGGACCUCGGACACCAGAGCGUCUAAAGGUGGUCCGAGAAUGCUUGACGUUGCGGUGGGCGACGACAUGAACAUGAGAGAGAGUAACCAGAUAAGCGCAUAAGAAUUGUCAAAAUGAAUGCAAGGAAGGGUUGGAUGGGU